UGGAGAUGAUGUUCACAUAGUUUGGAGACAGUCAGAAAAAUCAACAAUUCUUAUGGUGCACAAAACUUAUACACACUUAUUACACAUUUGUAUGUGUUUAAUUGUGUAUACAGAAAAUUGAUGCAUGAGAUAUAUGUACACGGUAAUUAUGGGUUGUACAUAUUGUCUGAAUAGACAAUUACAAAUAAAUAUGUGCCGAACUCUAAUUUUUCCAAAAAAAAAAAAAUAGUUCCACCAUGUUUGUCCAUUCCAUAGCUUAGGAUCAGGACCCCACAGCUUCAACUUUGGACCCUAGGGAACUAGUUCGAAGUUCUUUCAGAAAUUUCAUCGAACAUCUAUCGAUCAACGUCUCCGGUCUACCCUCCCCUGGUAUUACGUGUCAUACAAACACAGCCUCUUGUUGCCACGUGUCACUGUGUCAAUAUACCUAUAUUUCCGUCCAGUAAUGACGGACCCGCCAUUUCCAUUGCUUUCCACAGCUGACUAGCCACCGCCGCUGUUGCCGCCGCUCUGUGAAACGUUUUUCCAAUUAUGCAUCUUUUCCGGUCGUCACUUCGGCUCCUGAAAUGCAGUCACUUCAGACAAUUCUCCUCUCAGCGCUCCCAGCUGGAAAGCGCCGGCACCAUGGCAUCGCUCUUAAAGACCCGAUCCGUGAUUCGAUUCAGAGGACCCGACACCGUGAAGUUCCUUCAGGGCCUCAUCACCAACGAUGUACAGAAACUUGUGGAGCCUCCAGACGAAGACAAGACCAAUUUGGUCACUACUAACUUGCCUUUCACAACUACGCCUCCGCUCUACGCCGCACUUUUGACUCCUCAAGGAAAGUUCCUCUACGAUAUGUUUCUGUACAGACCACCGCGGUCUGAUGAAAAGCUGGACACCACAGGUUCAAGUUCUGGCCCAAACCCGGGCGAGUUGGAGCUCUAUGCAGAUGUUGAUAGGUCUAUGUUGGAUGAUCUUUUGGAAGAUCUGAAAAAAUACAAAUUACGAUCCAAGGUUGAUAUCGAGAACUUGUCAGAUGAUUUUUCUUGUUGGCAAAGGUUUGGUCAAAACUUGACGAAUAUAUCAUCCAAAGAGCCAGAAGCUGAUACUGUUGGAUGGGCUGCUGGAACUGACCGUUCCAGUGAAUCAUCUGCGAGAGGAAAUAGCUAUGGGUGGUCAUGGCAUAGAGAUCCUAGGUUGUAUUGCCUUGGAUUCAGGGGUAUCUUUCCUUCCAACAUAGUACCACCUCUAGUUGAGGCAGAUAAAGAAACCAGCGAAGAAAACUAUCUUCUAUGGAGGUUGGAGAAGGGGGUUGCUGAAGGACCAUUGGAGAUUCGAAAAGGUGAAUCAAUCCCACUUGAGUAUAACCUGGCUGCUUUAAACGCAAUCAGCUUCAACAAAGGGUGUUAUGUGGGUCAAGAACUCAUUGCUCGUACGCAUCACCGUGGGGUCAUCAGGAAGCGCUUGCUUCCUCUCAUAUUUGUUGAUGAUGGUGGCAGUGAGGUGGAGAUGAGAGUUACUCCGGGGUCUUCCGUAAUCGAUGCCCAAUCUAGAAAGAAAACCGGGACUGUCACAACUGCCCUUGGGAGCCGUGGUCUUGGUCUUCUGCGCUUAGAGGAUGCCUUUAAGGGUAAUUUGGCCAUACAAAACCAGGAAGAUGUUAAGGUCCAGACUUUUAGACCAAAAUGGUGGCCUUCUGAAUGGGUAGAUAGCCAUCAGCAGUUUGCUGCAGCUACCUAGUUAAGAAUGUUGCCUUUUUAGAAGUCCUCUUUUUAGUUCUCAAAAAAUAAGAAAUAAUCUCUUGAAGGGAAAUUUAUGAAAUUUUAUCACUGCUUUUAGACACUUUUUCUUUUCUUGUAGUGCUGAAACUGAUUUAUCACUCGGGCUAUGUUGUUAGCUUUAUAGAUGUAUCCAUGCAACCCUCUCUGUAGGUAAAGGUCUUGUAAUAUGGUUCCAGUAUUUUUAUAUUUUUAAAUAUUUAUUCAAAAGGAAAAGUUUUUCUGCAGAUCUACGUCACGGUAAUGAUUAUAUCCAACAAAC